GGUUACACGGUCGUAUUUGGCAGCGGGACCAUCGUGGAACGACAGCAGACAUGGCUAAAAGUGACGGAAGCGAUUACUUUAAAAGGACUAGCCUCUUCUGGAUUGUCUCCGUUACAUUGGCAGUUGGAUAUUUCACUUGCACUGUGUUUGCUCCAGAAAAAAUACCAUUUGAGUACCUCGGCGUAUUUGGCAGCUUCUGCAGAUACCUUGUGGACAACUAUGCAGACUUGAUGUACAAAGGGUGGUGGGCAGCCACAGCUAUUCAUGUAUUUGAAGCCUGUGUUGCACUCAGUGUGUGCAGCAACAAAGGCAUCAGCAGCACGACCACCCGCUGCAUGUGGUUUUUCCAGACCCUUCUGUUUGGCUUCGCCUCCCUCGGCCUGCUCCUCAAAUACAACCCCAAGCGUCCUAAACAGCACUGAUGGCCAGCAGGAGAAGCCACAUCAGUGUCUCCCAAGUGCCUCUUCCUCUAUCUCUUUCUCUUUCUUAUGAAUUAGUGUUUAGGACCACAGAGAUGUAGGAAACAAUUAUACCUUCUCCUUUUAACUCAUAAGUAUUUGCAGUGAUGACAUUUCUUUGAUUGAGACACUACAAACUUUUUUACCUAGUUUUUAGUUUAACCUUUGCUCCCAUGAAGAGCAGAUAUCAAUUUCAUUCCAUGUGUUUUCUUCGCACAAAGCUGAAUGAGGAUCUUGUGCAAUUAAUGUUUCAGAAGUUCAGAAGUUUCAGAAGAAUGAGCAAAAUUUACUUGAUGUUUCGUCCUUGGCUGAAUUAUCUGUGCAAUACAAAGGGGAAUUUAAUUAGCAUUGUUUUAUGCUCCCAUGAUGUUUACAGGCAGCCUUCCUGGUGGCAUUAGGGAUAUUUUUAGCUGCUAACACCAUUAUUAUGGCAAACAGGUUGGACUCAAGGAAGAUCCAAGAUGAUAAUUAAAGAGAGCUGAUGUCACUUUUGUCUUCUUGGUGCUAAGGUGCUUUGAGAUUUUAAAUAUACUGGAAGUUAAUGCUACCACUUCAUGUGAACAAUAAAGAAUGAUUUACAAA